UCUCUCAUCAUACAUUCUCUGGGCAUAAAUAUCCAAUUGUGUCACUAGAUAUUCAUCCAAAGAAGACAGACCUUUUGUGUUCUUGUGAUAGGAAUGGUGAAAUCCGGUACUGGAACGUGACUCAGCUUACCUAUCUAGGUGCCAUGAAGUCUGACUUUGGACAGGACGGUCCUCUCGUUCGUUUCCAACCUAGCACUGGACAAUUACUCGCAGCUACUACAGGAAAUGUUGUCUCUAUAUUUGACGUUGACACACAUACCAAAAAGUACACCUUGCAGGGCCAUAACAUAAGCGUGCAGUGGUUGUGCUGGGAUAACAGUGGGGAGUACCUGGCAUCUGUCAGUGAGGAUCAAGUUAAGGUUUGGUCAGUAUCAUCAGGAGAGUGCACUCAUGAGGUCAGCUCAAAUGGAAAUGCGUUCUAUUCUUGUGUGUUCCAUCCAAGUUAUACCAACCUCUUGGUGAUUGGAGGCUACCAGGUAUAGCACUCGCUCAAACAUUUGAGUUUCAAACUCUUUACUAUCUGCAUUUGAAGCAUGUCUAAUUGUUUUUGCGAAGUGUGUACCCUUGUACUUUUCUACCAGUAAAUUUAAUUAGCUAUCUUUAGAAAUCUUCAUUUCUG